ACGAUCACAGUCGGUCGAGUUCCACAGUCGAGUGUACUGUGAUGCGUUCCUACGUCCUCAUCCUGGAUCGAUCGCCGACGAACAGAGAGGGUACACAAGAAGGAAAGAUACAUUGGGACUCGAAUACUAAAUAACGAAAAACGGAGAACAAUAAAAGUAGGCAAGUGAGAGUAUUGGAGUGUGGGUCUGGAUAGGUCAUUUGAAGAGUAGUUACUUGGGGUAAGCAGAGAGUCUUAGGUUCGAGUCCUGGUGUAAUCUUUUUGCCUGAUUUCUCGCUAGGGACAGUGACACGUGACAGCCUCUCUGACUAAAGAACACAUUGCUUUCAACAAAAUGGAUCCGAAUAACCCUAAUGGGAAAGGACGUGGUUCGUUCCUCUUGGAAAUGAUGAAACAAAAGGCACAAAUGGAACGUAGCCAAGUGUCUCGUCAUUCCGUAGAGACACCUAGUGUUUCAUCGACUGAAUUGACAUCAAGAUCAUCUGAGGGAUAUUUAUCUCAGAGUUCAAGCUCAGGAGGUAUUAGUGGAGGUCGUGGACGUGCGCAAUUUGUUGCUUUGAUGAAAUCAAGGAGUAGCAGUGGAUCAGAAUCUAAAGACUCUUCGACAGGAUUAGGUCAUGGAGGAUUAGGUCGAGGCACUCUUGCAAGUUUUGUGAAGAAACUCGGCAAACCAAGUACAUCCGCGCAAGAAAGUAUUGAAAAGGAUUCUGAGGGAGUUUUAGGAAAAUUAGCUGACAUUUCUGUUUAUGAUACUCCUUCUACAUCCAAUCUACCGUCUUCUGAUGAUGUCGUUGAUACUGCACCAAUAUGUCGACAAGGCAAGAGUGGAACAAGAGUAGAAACGUUCUCUAAUUAUAUAGAUCUGACAAUUGAACCUGGAAAAGGUUUAUUUCAGUAUGAAGUUAGAUUUUCACCGGAUAUAGAUUCAACAGGUUUGCGUCGCAAACUACUUAACCAACAUUCUGACACUCUUGGGCGAACGAAAACAUUUGAUGGAAUGGUACUUUAUUUACCCAAAAAAUUGUCACAAGAUAUUACUCCGUUAAAAUCAGAACAUCCAAUGGAUGGUUCAACAGUGACUUUGACAAUUAUCUACAGAAAGAAACAAUCUAUAAGUGAAAAUGUUCAAUUUUUCAAUGUUUUGUUUAAUCGCAUCCUGCGUGCUCUUAAGUUAGUUCGUAUUGGUCGUCAAAAUUUUAACCCUAGUUGCGCGCAUGUCUUCAAUCAACAUCGAUUAGAAGUAUGGCCUGGUUACGUGACUGCCGUAAAUGAAUAUGAAGGUGGUGUAAAAUUGUGUUUAGAUGCCAAACAUCGGGUGAUGCGGACAGAAACUGUACGAGAUUUAAUGAAAACGAUUUAUCAAACAUCACCACAAAAUUAUAGAGAUGUUGUAAUUCAAGAAAUAGUUGGUACAAGUGUAUUGACGAGAUACAAUAAUAAGACAUAUCGUAUAGAUGACAUCGCGUGGGAUAAGACACCAAAUUUUGUAUUCAGUAAAGGUGAUCAGCCAAUGUCUUUGGUUGAAUAUUAUAAGUCGAAUUGGAAUAUCGAGAUUGAAGAUUUGAAGCAACCGCUUUUAGUGCAUCGUGCUACAAUGAGAACAUCAACUGGCGAGAAAGAGGAAAGAACAAUUCUUCUGGUGCCGGAAUUGAGCUAUGCAGCAGGUCUCACUGAUAACAUUCGUAAUAAUCAUCAUAUUAUGAAAGAUUUGAGCACAGUUACGAAAAUGUCACCUAACCAACGUCGAGAGGUGAUUAGGCGGUUUAUAGAAGAGGUAGAAAAGAAUGCUGUAGCUCGGGAACUUUUGUCAGAAUGGGGUUUAUGUUUGAGUCAUGAUAUAGUUCGAUUUACCGCAAGAUGUCUCGAGCCUGAAACGAUAACUUUUGGAAAAGAUAGUAGAUAUUAUUCGACUGACAGACCUGCAGACUGGAGCUCUGCUGCAGUAAAAAACCCCAUGUUACGCACGCCUAAUUUAAAUAAUUGGAGUAUUGUAUUUGUUGCAAGGAACAAAGAUUGCGUAUCUAAUUUCUUGAAGACUUUGAAAAAUAUUUCAAAAUUGAUCCAAAUGCGUAUUAAUGACCCACGAGAGAUUGUUUUAAGAGAUGAUAGAACUGACACUUAUCUACGAGAAGUUCAAAAUAAUAUUAGCAAUGAUGUCGAAUUAAUAGUCAUCGUAUUUACGACCAAUCGCACUGAUCGCUACUCUGCAAUAAAAAAACUGUGCUGCGUACAGAAACCUGUACCAUCACAGGUUAUUAUAUCAAAAACAAUUAGUAAUGCUGCUAAAUUAAAAAGUGUGACAGAGAAAAUAGCGCUUCAAAUCAAUUGUAAAUUAGGAGGAGCACUAUGGACUGUCGCUCUGCCGUUGAAAAACUGCAUGAUAUGUGGUAUAGACGUUUAUCAUUCCGGCGUAGGAGCAGGUUCAAGAAAAAGUGUUGCAGGAUUUAUUGCUAGUUUAGAUCCUCAAUUGACUAAAUGGCAUAGUAGAAUUUGUAUGCAAGCCUCUAAGCAAGAAUUAGUAGAUAUGUUACAAGUGUGCCUUACUUCAGCUAUUAAUGCAUAUCACAAGCAUAACGGAUGUAAUCCAGAGCGUAUAAUUAUAUAUCGUGAUGGAGUUGGUGACGGAGAUUUGGAUUAUGUUGAAAAAUAUGAAGUAAAGCAACUAAUAGCUACGUUUAAACGCAUCGAAGCGAAUUAUAAUCCACGACUCAGUAUGAUCAUUGUUCAAAAACGUAUUAAUACGCGAAUAUUUAUCAAAGGGAGAGGAGGUUUAGAAAAUCCUGCAUCAGGAACUGUUGUUGAUUCUUGCAUAACAAGGCGCAAUUAUUAUGAUUUCUUCCUCGUGCCGCAAAAUGUGCGACAGGGUACAGUAACUCCCAUUCAUUAUAUCGUUAUUCACGAUUCGUCUCAGAUGGAGACUGAUCACAUGCAACGACUCACAUAUAAACUUUGUCAUUUGUACUACAAUUGGCCUGGUACGAUUCGAGUGCCUGCUCCUUGUCAAUAUGCACACAAACUUGUAUACCUAGUCGGGCAAAAUAUUGGGGCUGAACCACAUCAAUCUCUUUCAAAUACCUUAUUCUAUUUGUAAUAUUUUCACUAUUAUCCAAUGUCACUCUUUUCCAAUGUCUUAUCUAUUUUUUUACUUUUUCUUAUUCUAUUUUUUCCUAAAGUGCAGUAUAAAUAUAAUUAGCAAAAUAUUUUGUGAGAAAGAACUGAAUAUCAUAAGAACGAUUAUGUUUCUUCAGAAAUCGGUGCCAAAUGUCGAUCAUGAUAUGACUUAUGAAAAUAUGUACCGUAGUGUAUGAAAACCAAAAAUUACAUAUAUAAAAAUGAGACUACUACCAAGUAUACUGUGUAAUAAACAAAGCACUUGGAAUGUGUCUCUUACACAAUUUUUUUUAUGUUAGUGCAGUAGACACUUGCAUUUGUAUUAACCUAGAAAGUAAUAGUUCCUAUAGUACUCAGGUAAAUAUUAAUGCAAGGUUAUUUUUAAAUAGCAUUUUAUCUUGUUAUCCGAGAUCUAUUUUUUUUUUUGUUGUAGAAAGACCAAUUGUUCUUGUGUAAUUUUCAUAUUACUUAUAAUUUACGUAGUAUUAAGAAAAGUUCGAGAUUUCUUGUUUUCUCCUUGAUUUCUUAUCAAGAUCUUGAAAAAUUAUUUUAUAUUAGAAAAGACAAUAUCAAAAUAAAAUAUUAGAAAGCCUGUGUUAGCAAAAGAGCGAUUGAUUUACUUUAUUAUUUUAGUAUUAUAUUUUCAAUAUUUUUACAUUUUUUCCAGGCAAUACAUAACGUAUAUAUGAUUUAAUAAUCAUAAUAUUUUAUAAUUUAAGUGAAUAUUACGUCUUGAGUAUAAUUUUCUAAAUUUGUUUGCACAGUGAACAUAUUUCUGUAUAGGAAAAAUGUAAAGUUUGUAUGAGAUUAUUGAAAAUUGUGAAUUGAAGAUUCAAUUUCAACUAGUGAGAUAAGUUUUAUUUCUUUUGUUUUAACUGAAUUCUAAUCUUUAACUCGCAAUUCUCUAUCUUUAACAUGUAGUUAAUUUUAUAAAGAUCUUGCAUUGUUUUCACGCUUAACAGAUACAAGUAUAAUAUUUUUUUUACAAAAAAGUAAUAUUUAAUACUAUAUUUUAUUUAAUUAUAGUCAAUAAUACCAUUAUUUUGUUUCUUUAAAGAUAUUUGUAUAUGUAUGACGCACUAGACUAUUACAGAUAAUUAUCUGUCGACUGAAAAGAUGAUACGUAAUUAUGUUCUAAAUAUAGUCAAAAUGUAUAUUUUUAUAAAAAAAAAAUACUCUACAAAAUUUCUACGAAAUUGUUUGCGGUCUACCAUUAAGUAGUAUUAACAAAUUUUAUAUAUCUAAAGAAAAAACGAUUCCGCUUAUUCGAUAUAACUACUUUGUAUGUUAUUUUACAUUAGUCUAUUCAAUGGUUUAUUUUUUUAAAUAGCGUCCUUUAUUGAUUUUUACAUGCAUUUUCUAUCAUUUUCAACUUUAUUUUAUUUACUGCUGCUAAUCUCGUAAAAAAAAUUUUAAGAAUUUAAGCUUUAAAUGACAAAAAAAAACAUUGAAAAUAAAUAUCGGAAAAUAAUUUCUUAUUGCGAUAUACAUAUUACUCAUUUGCUCAUAUAACAACGGUAUAACUAUCAUUUUUUACUCUGCUAACCAUUUACUGCCAAAUUGUUAGCAGACUGCUAACAAUUUCUUGUGGAAUCAGGCUGCCAAAACCAUGGCCGACUGUGUUCUCGAAUGCUCCCAAAUUGCAAACAAAUAUUGUCAUCAAAUCCUAGUAUCAAAUUGGGUGCAACACUAGAUCUGUCUAACAGUACAAUGACAAAAACGCAGCAAAUUGAGAACAGAUGUUGCAACGUAAAUUUACAGCAGAAUUGCGUCAAAUACCCAGCAGAUCUGUACACAGAAAUGACGACAGAUUGGCGACAGAUCUGUUGAACCUAAGUUUGGUUUUCACAGUCAUGAUUUUACUUUAGAAUCGAUGUCCUUCUAAAUUUCCUAGAGUGAAAUGUCCAAAAGAGUGAAAAUACUGUCAAUCGAAAUGGAGUGACAUCUAAUUAAUAAUAAAUACAUCUUGUAAAAGUACUAUGUGGCGAUUCUUCGCUACAUCUGAAAUCUCCGCACGCGCAGCGAAGUUAGUUAAUUUUUGUCGCAGUCAUGCUGCGGGAGGUCUUUACGUAGCGCGUCGGCUACAUCUUACUCUUGAGAGAGUCAGGUCGCCUAUCGGUGGUGCCCCGUUUUUUAUUGCCAAUUUGACAUUUCGAUAGAUCUGCGUUUCUGGUAUUAAUCUGUCGCGUACUUUGACGCACAGAUGCUGUUGCAUUUCUACAGGCAAUUUGCUGACAUUGUACUUUGGUGUUUGUCGUCAAUCUGUCAUCAAUACUUUCAAUAAAUCUGCUCGUAAGUUUCAUUUUGUUAUGUAUUCUGCUGACAGAUGUUGCUAAAUAUUUGCCGAAUAUCUGGUAAUACUUCGCAAUGACAACAUAUGUUUCUUAUUUGCUGCCUUUUUGGCAACAAAAUUUGUUGCCAACAUUAGCCACAGUAGAUAUGCUUAUAGGGAUAAUUGUCUGCAAAAAAAUUUUGAUAGAAAUUCAAUAUCCUAAUGAGUACUGGUUGUUUUAAACUAAUUUAUUAGAUAAACAUGUGUCUAUGACUACGUUUACACGUUGGGUUUAGUAACACCGGAUUUAUAAAACUGACCAAUUACAAUUAUUCCUGAGAAGAAUGGAAUGGUUAUGAUUGGCCAGCUCUAGAAGUAUAGAUGUUAUUAAACCUAAUUCAGAGUGUCGUGUAAACGUAGUCUAUCUUUAACUUUCUUUCUAAAUAAAUAACAGAUGAUAGGUACCUGCCGAGUAAAGUUCCUAAUAAAUUGGAACAAUUGGUCCUAUAUGAAGAGCUAAUAAUACUUUUAUUCUUUUAUAGUCAAUAAAUUAAAUUGUUAUCUUAAAACCGUUUUUAAAAGUGAUGUUAACAAUUGUAACGAUUCAAAAUAUUCAAUCUGGAAAACUAUUUUAUGAAUAAAAAAGAGCAAAUGACCGAUAGUGAUUCUUAGUAUGUAGGCCAAACUGUUCCAUUAAAAAAAAAGUACAAAUAAAAUUAAUGAUUUUUUAACAAUUUAAUACGUAAUUGUAUUUAUAAUAGUAUAUUAUAAUAGUAUUUAACUUAUACAAUUUUUAUUCACUUCAGCAUUACAUUUGUUAGAAGAAGUGAAUUUUUAACAUAUACUAUAAUACAUACAAGAUACAGCUAAUAAAAAUGAAGGACUUGUGAUAUCCUUAUGCAUUGUUUAAUUUGCCAUAUACAUUUCAAUGUUAUACAUGUAUGCAAAUUUGUAAUUGAUCUAUACAGAUUAAAUUUCUAAAACUGCGGUAAAACUUUAAUCUGGAAAAAUUUAUAAUUUUAUUUUACAAUAAAGUGAAAUAAAUGAGAUUUCUUAUUCCACUGAAGGAAGAACUUGACCACUUCAAGCUUUUCUUGCAUCACCUCGCUUGUCGGAAAGGUUUAUAACGAUAAUUUUUGUGAGAUUGGCUUUCGCACGUUAGUCAUGUAAGCUGUUUUUUUUCCAUUUCCUUUUUAAGAUAGACGGACUCAUAAGGCCGAUAGAUAAAAGCGAAGAAACCAAUUUCAGCAAACUUCAACUAGUACAACUGCAAUUUAUGGAUAAAAAAUAUGUGUACAGCAAGUGUAAAAAGUAUUUAUACAGAUGUUUUUCAAAACUUUAUUAUUUUUUUAGAGAGUAUGAAGUUAGCAAUUUAACGAGUACACACGCACAUUGUCACAUACUAUUAUGUGUGUUGAAAUAAAUUUGAUAAAUGUUUACUUUUUAAAAUUAAAGUUUAAAAAAUCCUGUACAAAAACUUUCUACUCGUCAUAUGCAUCCGUUUAUUUGUAUUAUUUUAUAAUUUUUCAUGCGAUUUAAAACGUUCCAACUUGGGGGGGGGGGGGGAUUAAGAAAUACAUAUAUCGAGAUCCCAGCGUUUGAAAUCGUCGGUCUACAUCUCCAUCCGUGAUGAAGUACGACUAGGCCUCAUGAAAUCUGACGUUCCUUCCGAAAGCAAACGACUUUAUUUAAGAAUACGAGCUUCGCGUGAAGUUUCGGUGCCGUCGUUCGAUCCCGAUCGACGCGACGCCACUUCCCUUUGCCGCGCGGUGGUUGACUCCUGGUGAUCCGAUCUGUGCGAGGCUCUUCCGCAUUGCGGAAGUCCGUCCGUUGACACGAUAGUUACGCCACUGCGCCGCGUCGUCGUCGCGCUCUUGCGCGUAUGUAUGUACAUACGUAGUAAUAAACAAGACGCACCGCGCACGUAUGCACACAUACGUACGCGCGCGCUCCGAUCUUAUUUACAAUCGCGUAGCGUGCGUAUAUCGGAGCCGCCGCCGCCAUUCGAGCGCGCGCGCCUGCGUACAUCUUGUUUACAACUGCGGAGCUCACCGUACACAUGACCUUUACAAGAUAGACACGAUCGUCUGUUCGGUUGGCUAGGCGUGAACUCGCGCGCGGUCCGCGAACAAGAGAGAGAGAGAAAGGAGAAGGAAAGGACAGAAAGAAAGAGGUAUCGAGACUGUCGAGAGUGUGCGCGCGCGAGAGUGCGUGCCGUGUGUCGCGUGUGACCGUCGAGAGUCCCGUCGCCUUUUGCUGAACAUACGUACACAC